CAUCGGUCCACAUGUCAACAUACGCAACAUGCGCUGUGCUGCGUUGGUAGUGACAUGACGCUCAUCCAAUAAGAGCUCGAGUCUUUGAACUAUUUCCGGUAUUACAGUGACUGAUGCCUUCCGGGAGAUGCAGUCUAUACCACCUAAACCAGUGAGUUACUUCUGAUAGGCUGUUCAACUGUCAGGACUACCUAGCAAACAUCCAGGAUUGGUGAAAGUAUGAACGUCAGUUUUACUGCGCGGUAAAAUUUCAAAGCACCAGUUCUGCAACAAAUGAAGUGAUUGUGAGCUGAUGUGAGCAAUCCAGAGGAAUAGAGCAACUGUUUUGUGCAGCUAUUGUACAUUGACUAGCUAUCAAUUAGAAAAUGUGAUCGUAACGUUUCUACUGUCAUACUGUACUACUGCUGAAAGCUACAUGCCGAGCAGGAGGCAAGCUACCCUGUCUCAACUCACGGUAGGCUGGACUAAGUUCGCUAGCUCCAGAGCAUUUUUUUUGCCUACUUCUUAGCUAGCUUGCUAGUUAAAGACUUACUCAGUAAUACUUUCUCCGUUGUUGAGUAUGAAUUCAAAUUUGGACAAAGAGAUGGAUCGAUACAAUGAUGUCAAAGUGCUGCUGAAAAACUGGGAGCUGUCUUUUGUUCAGCAAAACAACAGGAAACCAAACAAGGAUGAUAUUGAUACGGCCCCUGAUGAUACUAAAAAACUAUACAGAGAGUACAGAAUGCUUAAACAAGCCAAGGAAACUACGUGCAGUGGGACGUCUGGACAUUCAGACAAUGCAAAGCCGGCAGAAAGUCAAAAGGAGACGGAAUCUGAUUGUUGGGGAUCUCAUCUUAACCGCAAGAACAUGCCCACAGCUGUCCCAAAGCUGACAUCGCCGGACAGAGAUUCACUGCGGGCUUCUGCUCAGUACUACGGCCUGAAGCUGAAGUCAAACUUAGGAGCCUCAGUAAAGGAACGGUCUGUCUCUCUGAAGAAAACCUACACUCCGCGGAGAGCUGCAGUGAAGUCAUGGAAAGAGGGCCCGGGUCCAAGCGACGAGGCCAGCAGCCCGGGUCUCCAGCCCCGGCCGGCCAACACUUGUCCGGAUCCGUGCGCGGCUCUGCCGCAGACCUCCAACGCCCCGGCGGGGAUGGAGCCCUUUGAAACCGUACCCGCCUUCACGCCGUCCAAGGCCCUCUCUCCAGACGCUCUGGCGCGGAAAGCGCGGCUCUUGAGACAGUCCGCCACCAGGAGGCUGACUUCGGUGGACAGCGGCUGGCUCAAGCGCUGCCAGGUGUUUGAUGAAGUGGAGAACAAAGAGAAGCCCGUCUCGGGUAACUUCUCCCCUGCGGGAGGAGGGGGUGCGGUGGUCCCUGAGGCUGCUGGUGACUACCCCUCCCCUGGCACGCCCGCGCGGUCCAGCGAGGCGACCGUCAAAAUUUUGGAGGGUGCCCACGGGAGCGGGCGGAAGCCGUUGGCCGCACGGGUUGCCAGCGCGCCGUCCCCGGCUAAAAGUCCCCCCUCUCGACCUGGCGGACCCGGCCCCUCGUCGAAGGCCGGCAGGGAGGACGGAGAUGGGGAAACCAGACGGGGCCGAACGGGAGAGGCCCACGGAGGAGCGGAGACCCCCGCCGUCGACGCCGCAGAGACGGGUCGGCCCCCGGCCGGGGACGGCGAGGACACGGCGAGGGGCCCGGAAGCUUCCAGAGCCGGGCCGGAGGAGAAGGGGCCGAAGAGGAAGAGCCGGAAGAGACUGAGGGAAGGUGACGCCGUCGAGGGAGAGAGGCCCGACGAGGCUGAAGAGGGCGCGGCAAAGAAGAGGCGGCGUACCAAAAAGGGCUCCGCCGAGGGCCCUGCCAAGAGCCCCUCUGCGCGGGGCGGGAGGAAGAAAGCGGCCAAGGUGUCUGGAGGAAGCGUCGAUGACCCGGAGCCUCCUGCUGGCUCGGGGAAGACGGCCAAGCCGAAGGUCCCACUCCACAAUAUCCUGGGGGAGGAGGAGGCAGAGGACAUCAAAGCCAGGUCUGCUAGGAUGAAGAACACGGUGAAAGUGAGAGCCCCCAAGAAUUCGGAUGGGAACUUUGUGAAAAUAAACCUGAAGAAGAAGAGUCACGUCAAAGGCUUUGCGCUCAGAGGGGCCGCCCUUCGCAAGCAGAUGUACCUGGAGAAGUUCCAGCUGAAGGGCGAGCGAUUCGGCGGAGGCUCGGGCCGAGGCGGGCGGCGGUUCGGCGGCUACAAUCCCCAGGGCGACAGCUGCUUCAAGUGCGGGGGCACGGGGCACUGGGCCCGCGACUGCAAGGGGAGGGCUGCUGCUCCCGUGGCGACCGGUGGAGGUGCAGAAGGAGAGGAGGAGGCGGCUGAGUUGGAGCCAUUUGAGCUGCCCACCCUGAGGGAGGUGGCUCUGGCCACGGGCACCCUGAGCGCAGAGCCUCUCGCGCCCCCCGGCUGCGCCGAGGGGAAUGGCGUAACGGAGACGGAGAACGAGGAGGCCCUGCUCAACGUGAUGCGGCCCGACUACGAGAAACCGCCCCCACCCCCGCCCAUGGAGCCCCUGUACGGACUGGGGGAGGACGGAAAAGUGCAAGCUGCCCCUCCGGAGGUCUAUGAAGCUCUGACAGACUUUGGGUACAAGAGCUUCAGGCCUGGACAGGAAAUGGCCAUCAUGAGAAUCCUCUCAGGUCUGUCCACUCUAGUUGUGCUUUCCACUGGAAUGGGGAAGUCUCUCUGCUAUCAGCUCCCAGCCUACCUCUAUGCCCAGAGGUCAAAUAGCAUUGCGUUGGUGGUGUCCCCUUUGGUUUCUCUGAUGGACGACCAGUUGUCUGGACUCCCUCCAAAACUUAAAGCUGCCUGUAUCCAUUCCAACAUGUCCAAGAAACAGCGGGAGGCAGCGAUCGAAAAGGUGAAGGCAGGCCUGGUCCACGUCCUGCUCCUGUCUCCGGAGGCUCUGGUGGGCGGGGGGCACUCGGGGUCUGCCUGCCUCCCUCCGGCAGACCAGCUCCCCCCGGUGGCCUUUGCCUGCAUUGACGAAGCCCAUUGCGUGUCCGAGUGGUCUCACAACUUCCGGCCCUGCUACCUGCGGCUGUGCAAGGUGCUGAGGGACCGUCUGGGCGUGCGCUGUCUCCUGGGUCUCACCGCCACGGCCACCCUGUCCACGGCUCUGGACAUCGCUCAGCACCUGGAGAUCAGAGACCAGGAGGGCAUCGCGCUGCGGUCGGCCGCCGUACCGCUCAACCUGCAGCUGUCCGUGUCCACGGACCGGGACAAGGACCAGGCUCUGGUGACCUUGCUGAAAGGGGAACGGUUUGGCUCUUUGGACUCCAUUAUCGUUUACUGCACCCGGCGGGAGGAGACGACCCGGAUCUCCGCUCUGCUGCGGACCUGCCUGCAGGGGGUGAAAGUGAAGGAGUCGGCCAACGCUGUAAAAGAGGGGGAAGGCGCAGAGGAGAAUCCCGUUAGUAAGAAAAAGAAGGCCCUGGCCCGGAAGAAGAUCCGGAAGCCGCUGAAGUGGAUUGCGGAGUCGUACCACGCGGGCCUGUCGGCCGGGGAGAGGCGGCGGGUCCAGAACAACUUCAUGUGCGGGGAGCUGCGGCUGGUGGUGGCCACCGUGGCCUUCGGGAUGGGCCUGGACAAGUCGGACGUGCGCGCCGUCAUCCACUACAACAUGCCCAAGAGCUUCGAGAGCUACGUGCAGGAGAUCGGCCGGGCGGGCAGGGAUGGCCACCCCGCGCACUGCCACCUCUUCCUGGAUCCCGAGGGUGGAGACCUGCACGAGCUGCGCAGACACAUCUACGCCGACACCGUAGAUUACUUCACCAUUAAGAAGCUGGUGCAGAAAGCCUUUCCCUCCUGCAAGUGCAAGAAGAUCCACCAAAAGCGCCAGGACCUGACAAAGGCGUGGGAGGUGGAUGACAGCGAGAUGAUGGAGCUGAUGGAAACCUGCGAGGAUGCCGCGCCGCGCCCACGGCAACAGGACGGUCAGCCGACAGAGGACGGGGCUCCGGGGCCGGAGCCAGAGCUACCUGAAGGAUGGGAACACAAACAGGAGGAGGAGGAGGACUCUGAUGUGGAUCGGCUGCAGGGCGGGAGUCGGGGAUCCCCCGUGGUAGCAGAGCGGAGGGGGGAUGGCGGGGAGCAGAACAGCCCAGAAGAGCCGAGCGCAGAGCAGCUGCACCUGGACGGACAGACGGACGAAGAGCGAGGGGAAGGAGACCUACCACCACCCCGCGUGUGCCACACACACGAGAGGGCCAUACCCAUACAGGAUAUGGUGGAGGCCCUGGACAUCACCGAGGAAGGCUUGGAGACGUUGCUGUGCUACCUGGAGCUGCACCCGCAGCAGUGGGUGGAGCUGCUUCACCCCACCCUGUCCUCCUGUCGCCUGGUGUGCUACAGCGGCCCCCAGCAGCUCCGCAAACUCACCAAAAUCUGCCCUCCUGUGGCUGUGGCUCUGGCUCGGAAGCGGAUGGCCGGGGAGAAGGUGGAGGUCAUGGACUCGCUGGAGUUUGACGUGGUGGAGCUGGCCGACACUAUGGGCUGGCAGCUGCCCCUGGUGAAGAGGGGCCUGAGGCAGCUCCAGUGGAGCUCAGAGAGGGGCAUGUUUGGGGGCACAGGAAAGAGUGGAGUCCUGGUGGAGCUCUCCAACCUGUCGUUCUACUUCCGUUCCUAUGGAGACCUGACGGCAGACGAGAUGGACGGCGUGUGCGAGUUCCUCCACAGACGGGUCCAAGCGCAGGAGAAAACCCAGCUUUACCAGCUCAAGGCCUGCUUCAAAGCCUUCCGCAGUGUCGCAUAUCGAAACUGCAGCUACUGCACAGAGGAAAUGGACGAAAGCCGAAGUCUGAUGCUCAAGGAGCUUCUGAGUGACUACUUCGAUAAGAAGAGGGACCUGGACCUGAGUAAGAAGUACAACACGGAAGAGGAGGAUGAGGAAGAUGAGGAGCUGAGUAAAUUUAAGAUGAAAGACUGGGAGGACCAGAUCCGGGCUGACAUCCGCAGCUUCCUGGCCUGUCGCAGCGAUGAGAAGUUCUCCGGCAGAGCUGUGGCCCGCGUUUUCCACGGAAUCGGUAGUCCCUGUUAUCCCGCACAAACAUACGGCAGAGACAGGCGAUUCUGGAGGAAAUACAUUCAGUUUGAUUUCAACGAAAUCAUCCGCUUCGCCACGCAAGAAAUUAUACGGACCCGGUGAAACUGAAUGGACAUUAAGAAAACAUCGUAUUGUCAUUUAUGUGUGUACAUUAUGUAUACAGUGAUAUUCUUGCAUUCUUGUUUCCAGAGCAUUGCUUCUCUUUCAUUUGAUGUUGUAAAAAGUGGCGAUAUUUAUCACAAUA